GCCCAUCAUGGUCCUGAUGAACACGUUGACCUCACGCCUAUCAGCAUGGUCAGGCCUAGUACUCUCAGUCCUCCUCUUCCUCUGCUCCGCCGUCUCCUUUCUCACCUAUCCGUCCCCAUCAACGCUCAAGUCGCUCAAUCCUCGCGCAAACUUGACUGUGACGAGCGUUGAGACGAUCCUGGGACGACAACGCUGGUCUCCCAAUCGUGAGGAGCAGGAAUUCGUCGAGGUUCGCUUCGACUUGGCGACCGACUUGACUGGCGGGCUCGCCGGCCAAGGAGGGCGUGCGUUGUGGACUUGGAACACGAAGCAAGUCUUCCUCAGCCUCGUAGCCUCGUGGGACAGCGUGGAUCCUAGAGCUCGCGGCAAAGGAGGCAUCAGGAAGAACGAAGCUGUCCUCUGGGAUCGCAUCGUGCAGAGAAGGGAGGAUGCAAGGGUGUUGAUCAGCCAGGGCAACAAGUACGCGCUGCGCGAGGUGGGCAAGAGAUGGGCCGGAAUCGAUUCGGCCAACUUUACGCUACACUGGAAUGUCAUGCCGCACGUCGGCAUGCUAGCAUACGGUCACGAAGCCACGACGGGCGCUAUCCCCAUCCCCGCUAGAGCACGAAGGGUCAGACAGCUGCCCAAUGGGGAGACGGUCGAAGAAGACGAGGAAGUGCGGAGGAUGCCCUACUAGAUGCGUGCGACGCGUGAGCAAUGGUAUCUAUAUUGAGUAAUCGGUCGUAGUAGUACAACAAGCGAUAGAUGAGAGCAGCAGCAGCAGCAGCAGCAGCAGCUUAGACAGAUGUGACGCGUGGGGUCCGCUCAGUAGACGUCGCGCACUCUGGGAAAGCCCAGAGU